AUAUAUGACACCAUGAAAGGGUUUCAAGUGAACACGAGUGAUAGGGUUGGGACUUGAUACUAGCUUUUUACCACUAUCCAGCGGUAGGGUACCCGUAGUAGGAACGGAACGAUGGUUUUGUUUGACUUCUCGCUCACCGUGGCAAGGGGAACACGCCCAGGAAACGCUUCCAGUCAACUGAAAGAUGGUAAGACGCCUUUGAGUUUCCCAUUUUAAUGGCGCGGUCUGUCUGGAGAGAGAGAGAGAGAGAUUCUCAGUUGGCAUGAGCCUGUUGGGGAGCCACUUGGGAGAUGGGUAUUUCUCAAUCGUCUGAAGCUCCAAAGGCGCGUUCCGUUCAUGAAUUCGUUGUCAAGGAUAUACGUGGGAAGGAUUUGGAUCUGAGCAUUUACAAGGGGAAGGUCCUUUUGAUUGUUAAUAUCGCUUCUCGAUGUGGAUUCGGGCCCCGUAACUUCCUGCAACUGAAUCGAAUUUACGACAAUUUCAAGAACAAGGAUUUUGAGAUCUUGGCAUUUCCUUGCAAUCAGUUCUUAUGGCAAGCACCUGGUGCUAGUGAAAUGACAAAGGAGAUUGCUUGCACACGGUACAAGACUGAGUUUCCCAUCUUCCAAAAGGUGUAUGUGAAUGGGCCUAAAACAGCUCCUGUUUACCGGUUUCUGAAAGCUAGUAAGACUGGAUUUAUGGGAAAUAGAAUAAAGUGGAACUUUACCAAAUUUUUAGUUGGAAAAGAUGGACGUGUCAUUGCACGUUACAGUGCAACAAGCAAAGAAUCUUUUCUUGAGAGAGACAUUAUGAAGGCAUUGGAGGAGGCAUAAGGGAAUAAUCCGUGUACCUCCAUGAUAUGCUGUUCUGCUGAUUUCUUCUCAUCUGUUAGCUUGUAAGUUGUGACACUGUAAAUUGAUGAACAGCGUUUGUGUGGUUCCUUUUCAAGAUUGUAGCUGAACUGAAGUUCCACAAAAUGGUUAAGUUUUCAUUGUUUCAUGAUAAACGAAACAUUUGGCUGGAGUGUCUGUGGAAUAAAACAGGAGUGGAAGUGUUGUCUUAAUUGUCAAGGUGUGGAGAGAACUACUUUGGAAUAAUCAUAGCUAAAGUGCUGCAAAACUUUGGAAUAAUCAUAGCUAAAGUGCUGCAAUUAAUUAUGUAAUGACAGUCAGCUUUUAUUUU